CGUGACUAAUUGGUAGCACUGUUUCCUCAGUCGCCAUCUUACUUUCAGUUUGAUAGCUUGCUGUUUGUGUGCUCUUUUGGUUUAUAAUAAGUUAAUCUGAGUGUUAAAAAUGCCGAAGGUGGUAAAAAGUGUUAAAAGACAAACUAUUCUUCAAGUUUACGCAUUUUGUGAGAAAGAAAAGACUGAGAACAAGCUGAUUAUUCCAUUGCAACAAGUUCGUGCCCGAGUUGCCGCCAUGACCGAUGUAUCCGAAUCUACUGUGACCAGGAUUUUGAGACAAGAAAGAGAGUCCAGUUCUGUUUCGGGUGUGCCUGGUCCGUCAAAAGUAACGACACCAGGAAAGACGCGACCAAAUCGCGAUAAGAAGAUCAAGAUUGAUGACUUCGAUGCUAGUGCAAUUCGACAAAAAAUUAUGUCAUUUUACGCUAUAAGAAAAGAAAUCCCUACAUUAAACAAAUUACUUGUCGAAUUACGAGAGGAAAUAAAUUUUGAAGUGUGCAAAAAUGUUGGCAGUCAGAGUCUGAAGAAGGUGCAUUGGUCAGAGAUUAUGGUAUGGGUAGGCGAUGGAUAA